AUGUCCGUUCUGUUCGAGACGUCUCUGGGCGACAUUGUGAUUGACCUCGAAGUGGAAGCGUGCCCAAAGACAUGCGAAAACUUCCUCAAGCUGUGUAAGGUGUACUACUACAACCUGAACGCGUUCUUCAACGUAUCCAAGGACUUCCUAGCGCAGGCGGGAGAUCCGUCUGCCACGGGCACAGGAGGCGAGUCUAUUUGGUCUUUGAUUGCCUCCAAGCAGGGACAACAACAACAGGCCCCGCGCUACUUCAGCCCCGAGUUCGUCCCGCGCCUGAAGCACAAGGCGCGGGGCACGGUCUCCAUGGCCGUCGCGCCCGCGAUCGACGGAACGCGAGGUGGCGGCUGCGGGAGCCAGUUCUUCAUCACGCUCGCGGACGAGAUCGACUACCUGGACGGGAAGCAUGCCGUGUUCGGGCACGUCGUCGAGGGGCUGGACACGCUCGAGAAGCUCAAUGAGGUGUUUACGGACCAGGAGGGCCGGCCGCUCAAGGAUGUGCGCAUACGGCAUGUGGAGAUUUUGGAUGAUCCUUUUGAGGACCCUCCGGGGCUGGUGGUCCCGGAGUCGAUCCCUACUAGUCCGCCGGACAACUCCACGCGCAUCGCAGAGGACGAGGACCCGCUUGCGACGCUGCCUGAAGAGGAGGCGGAGGCAGAGCGGCGCAAGCAGGCCGCGAGGGCCUCAGCGCUUACGCUUGAAAUGGUCGGGGACCUGCCCUUUGCGAACGUCCGACCGCCAGAGAACGUCCUCUUCGUGUGCAAGCUGAACGCUGUAACGAGAGACGAAGAUUUGGAGCUCAUAUUCUCGCGAUUUGGAACCAUCAUGAGUUGUCAGGUGAUUCGAGACAAGAAGACGGGAGAUUCACUCCAGUAUGCGUUCAUUGAGUUCGAUAAACGAGAGGAUGCGGAGCAGGCGUACUUCAAGAUGCAGAAUGUACUGGUCGAUGACCGUCGUAUCUGGGUAGACUUCUCACAGUCUGUUGCCCGUCUCAACACUCAUUGGUCAAACGACAUCAAAAUUGGACCGCGCCUCGGUCGCGGAGGCGGAGGUCGAGGACGAGGCGGUGGAUUCGGCGGGCUAGAGAAUCUGGAAGAGACGCGAAGGUACAGAGAGGGUUCGCGCGGUGCUGUCAACGGGUACGGGAUGGUUUUCGACGUUCCUGAAGACCGGCAUCGUCGUCGUAACCGCAGCCGAAGCGUCACUCGCGACAAGGAAUACGGGAGACGAUCGAGGUCUCCCCAGCAUAGAGACCGUGGAGAACGCGAACGUCAUCGGAGUCGUAGUAGGGAUCAUAAUAGGCACUCGAGGGAUCAUUACGAUCAUGACCGUCGACGCUGA